CCGUCGUCUUCUUCCUCCUUUACUGAGUUAGAACUUGCCCAAUCUGUUCAGCUCAGACCUGCUGGCACACGUAUCCCAAAGAUCGUUCAUUUUGUGUACGGGCUGCGUGGACCUGACCCCACGCUCGACCUUAUCCACUAUCUCGCCAUCAAGUCUGCACACGACACUAUUAAGCCAGACAAAAUAUUCCUUCACUAUCACUACAGACCAAUUGGAGAAAACUUCGAGCGCGCCCUUCCACUCAUCACUUUGCACCAAAUUGAUCUGGUCACAAACGUGUUUGGACGCCCGGUAUCGCACUAUGCUCACCAAUCAGAUGUCGCCCGGCUUCAGAUAUUGGCUGAACACGGUGGCAUUUAUCUCGAUCUCGAUUUGAUAUCUCUUCAAUCUGUCGAUCACCUCUUGGAUCAUGAUUUUGUUAUGGGUCAAGAAGGCCAAGGUGGCUCAGUGGGACUUUGUAAUGCCAUGAUUAUGGCACGGCCAAACGCCCAUUUUCUGCAGCGUUGGUACGCUACAUAUUCGUCAUUUGAAGAAAAGGACUGGAACUUUCACUCGGUUGUCUUGCCUGGCAAACUCGCCCCGUACUUUAAAUCCGAAAUCACCGUUCUUGAUCACACAUCUUAUUUCUGGCCCUUGUGGGAUGGCCCUGGAUUGCGCACUCUUUAUCUCGAGAAAUCUUAUGAUUUCAGCCAAAAU